UUUUAUUAUUGUAGCCGUCUCAAGUGGGGAUUCAAGAUCGUCGAUGUUUUAUGAACGUUGUUUUGGACUGUUCGCCCUCUGGGUUGAAUGGAGAUGAGAGAAAUAUACUGAUGUAUUGAUUUCUACAGUUUGAUACAAAUACUGGUCUCAAUUGAGUCUUGAAAACAGGCUUUUAUACGCGGAUUCUGAUGCUGUUGAUGAACUUGAAUUAUUCAAUUUCUUGAACGUACACCCUGGUAACGUUUCACGGAAGUGUAACGCAAAAAAAGGAUAUCUACGGAAAUUGAUUGACGACAGCUAUAUGUUAUUUAGUCAGCUGGAUAACGUUAGUUUUGGAAAGUGACAUUAUUUUCCAGGAGAAAGUAGUGCAUACCAGUCAUGUAAUGUAAAUUAGACGAGUUAGCUAUUUAGACAGUCCUUUAUACAAAAGCAACGUAACGAGCGUUACCCUGGCCUGAGCUGUUUAAUCAGAGACCGACAGCUCUAGGCUAGCUAGCUAACGUUAGAUGGCGCAGCCGUCAACAAACGACGUUACCAGACAUUAGAUAACCUACGACGUUACCAUAUUUUUCUGUUAGGCAUGCAUGUAUCUUGAUAUAAACAACAAGGGGUUCGCGCUGCUUUUUGGCGCUUCACACUGCCGACUUUGUCUGGUUCGAUAGACAAGUUAACUAGCUACCUAGCUAGCUACCUUGGAUAGCAUGAGUAACUUGAAUAUCUCAUACAGUAAUCAAGGCAAAACGAUGGCAUCUCAAGGCGCGUGUCGCAGUGGGACAGGUGUCUUUUACCAAGCGAUGCCAGCUGUGGGAACUGAUGGGAGAAAUGUUAUGAAACUGAUCCCUGUUCAAAAAGUAAACGGACAGUUUGUUCGAUCACCAACAAGCACUAUGAAGGACAUGGCUGAACCUCAACGAGAUCUUACCUUGGAUGUGCCAUCAAUUUCGAAGAUUAACAUGUCUACUUUGGGACCCACAGCUAAAGGACAAUCAGUGAAUAAAAGGCCAUUUUACAUGAGUACCUCUCAAAAUCCAACCAAUCUGACAGGAAUAUAUAAAUCAGUGAGCAUCCAGACUCCUAUAGUAACAACAAAAGUAGCCCAAAGUGCGUUAUCCUUGACAUCACCUGAGCUAACACUUUUGAAUAAGGAUCAGCUGCCAGUCACUGUGAAAUCUCCAGCGCUUCCAAAUGGACAAUACCUUCAAAUUCCUCCUAAUGCUCAAGUGAAAACCCUUCCAGCAUCCGCACUCCCCCCAGCCAUAAAGAGACAGAUAUUUACUUCAUCAACGAGCUGUGCCUCAAAUUCGAAUUUACCAAUGGUUCUUUAUGUGUCCCCUGUCCAAACCAUGAAACCGGGUGGUACUCCAUUAUGUCCAACAUCUCAGAAGGCACCCCUCUCCCUCAGCCGAUUUUCAAGGUCAUCUGGCCAGACACAUUCUACAUGCUCUUCAUCAGGCUCAACACCGUGUUCUACUACUGCUAAGGAUGGCAAAAGACCAGUCACUCCUAUUAAGUGGGUGAUUGAGGAGGCAGAUGGCUCACCUGCGCCAUGCCUUGUUCCUGUGAAUUCCUCUUCUAUGACCUCAGAUAUUUUGAAAACUCUGGCAGAGAUGGAAAAAGCCACCAAACCCUGUGAAAACACAGCAAAAAAGUAUUCACCUUCCCAAGAGAGUCAGACAAAAAUUGGCCAAGAGAAGGACAAUGCCUUAGUGAUGUACAAUGGGAAGGUGUAUUUUGUGGCCAAGAGAACCCCUGAGCUUUGUAACCGACCAUCAAAGCCCUUGGAGGCCAGUAGGAACAUGGGUGACUCCACCACACAGGCAGCAGAAAGUGUUGGAUUCAAUCAGAGAAUCAGUUUACCGCCCUCCCUACCCUUAAGCUCCUCACUUGGAUCACAAUUGUCAAAUAAAACCAGACCAGAUCCUAAACACAUUGUUAUACCAGAUGACAUCAUUGACCUCUGUGACGAUGAUCCCCAAGAUGACCUUACAUACCAGGCAAUAUCAACAAGGGACGUAACAAGGCAACCUUUCAGACAGUCUGAAGUCGAUGAGGACGAAGACUCCAAUGUAAUAUUUGUCUCAUACCUUCCACCCAAAACAGUGUCUAAAGUAGCUGAAGAAAACAAAGAAAUGGCUCAUAUGUUGAAUGACUUGGAAGCUGAACAAGAAGUGUUAUGCGGUCAAGAUCAUUUGAAUGGCCAGGUAGUGGAUAGUCAGAACAAAGUAUCUGGCCUGUCAAUAGAAAAGUGUCAGAGCGUUGCCACUGCCCAAGACAUGGCAGGCUGUCACGGUAGUGCAACAGGCCAAGAGUUGAACUCCCGCCAGCAUAACAUCACUGGUCAGUAUAGGAAAAUUCUGCAAAGAUUUCAUGGCCGUGCAACUGGAAUCCGAAUAGAGAACAUUCAGGGUAAUGCCACUAGCAAGGAAAUGGGAAUCAGUCAUCCCAGUGCCUCAACCCAAGAAAUGGGGAAUGUCCAGGAUGAUGCCACUGACCAGGGAAAUGGAAACAGCCAGCACCAUCCUGCCAUGCAAGAAAUGGACAACAUUACUGGAAGUACCUCUCUCCAAACAGAAAUGGAGACUCACAAAGAAAAGAGCUCAUCAGAUCCCAUCCCAGAGCAGCGGACUUCUGUGUUGGACAUGGAAUCUUUGGAAACUUGUGAUCGCCUGCUGAAACAGAUGUUUGGGAUCACAUCUGAUGUGAAAAUAUGUUUGGAGAGGAUUGACGCUAAACCCAAGGCUGUCCCUAAGGUGUUUCCUCGGAUUGGGACCACAAACAAACGUACCAUAGAGGCUAUUCGCAAAUUGUUACAGGGAUCAAACAUUUUGAUAAAAAAGAGGGAACACAAGGAAACAGAGGUCUCUGCAACUAGGAAGGAUGGUAGUUGCCCAAUAGAUGCUAAAAGACUGAAAAUAGAAAAGGUUAAAAAUGCAUCUGAAAGUUCAGAAAACACAGAGCCCCUCACCAGUCCAACUCCUCAGCUGGAAAUGCAGCCCUUCAUGAGUCCAAGUCCUCAGUUGAAAAUGCAGCCCCUCACCGGUCCAAGUCCUCAGUUGAAAAUGCAGCCCCUCACCAGUCCAAGUCCUCAGUUGAAAAUGCAGCCCCUCACCAGUCCAAGUCCUCAGUUGGAAAUGCAGCCCCUCACCGGUCCAAGUCCUCAGUUGGAAAUGCAGCCCCUCACCGGUCCAAGUCCUCAGUUGGAAAUGCAGCCCCUCACCGGUCCAAGUCCUCAGUUGGAAAUGCAGCCCCUCACCGGUCCAAGUCCUCAGUUGGAAAUGCAGCCCCUCACCGGUCCAAGUCCUCAGUUGGAAAUGCAGCCCCUCACCAGUCCAAGUCCUCAGUUGAAAAUGCAGCCCCUCACCAGUCCAAGUCCUCAGUUGAAAAUGGAGGCCCUCACCAGUCCAAGUCCUCAGUUGAAAAUGGAGGCCCUCACCGGUCCAAGUCCUCAGUUGAAAAUGGAGGCCCUCACCGGUCCAAGUCCUCAGUUGAAAAUGGAGGCCCUCACCGGUCCAAGUCCUCAGUUGAAAAUGGAGGCCCUCACCGGUCCAAGUCCUCAGUUGAAAAUGGAGGCCCUCACCGGUCCAAGUCCUCAGUUGAAAAUGCAGCCCCUCACCGGUCCAAGUCCUCAGUUGAAAAUGCAGCCCCUCACCGGUCCAAGUCCUCAGUUGAAAAUGCAGCCCCUCACCGGUCCAAGUCUUCAGUUGAAAAUGCAGCCCCUCACCGGUCCAAGUCCUCAGUUGAAAAUGGAGGCCCUCACCAGUCCAAGUCCUCAGUUGAAAAUGGAGGCCCUCACCAGUCCAAGUCCUCAGUUGAAAAUGGAGGCCCUCACCAGUCCAAGUCCUCAGUUGAAAAUGCAGCCUCUCACCAGUCCAAGUCCUCAGUUGGAAAUGCAGCCCCUCACCAGUCCAAGUCCUCAGCUAGACAUCUUAUCUGAUGCUGAACAUAUAUUUGGCUUUGAGGAACUGACUGUCAAUAAUCUAAUUUCCACCGCAGUUGAAACAGGGGUCCCUUCCAAACCUCUGCCAGAAAUCAAUCCAGUAUAUAUUUCAAAAAGAAGCUCAAACUUACCCGUUCCAUCUGUCCACCCACAAACAAACGCUGAAGCUAUGGAUUGCGCUCCUGGGCCCUUCUGUGGCACAGCAAGCAACAUAAAGCCGAACUCUAGAAGAAGGGGAAAAGGGAAAAGAUGCACAGCAUGUCCAUGUGGGGUGACUGGAACACCAGUACAAGAGAAAGCAAUGAGCUCAUCAUCCACUUCACAAGAGGAGCCUAGUUCAUCUAAACCACCAAACACCAGGUUCUCAGGGAGCAGUACCAGUGCAAUUGCAAAAUCAGCUAAAAGAAAGGGUAGAAAGUCCACAAAGGCUCAAAUGCAAGAUAAAGAGCUAACAUCUGUGGAGAUCCAAUGUCCUUCAACUGUGAGUGAGCAGGGAAGUAGUACAGCUGGAGAGAUCCCAACCAGUUAUCUCUGCUCUACAGCGCUCAUGGACCCUGAAGAAAUCAAGCGUCAUGAGAGAAUCAAACGACUGAAAGAACUCUUGAAGGAGAAGGAGGCUGCUCUUGCAAUGAUUAGAAAGAACAUGGGCUGAAUUGGACUAAAUCGCUUUCCAAAUUCCAAUGUAUUGCGUUGCAUAACUUCAGCCUUGUAGAACUCUUAUUUGAAUUGUCAUAUUUACAGUUCAUUCAGAAAGUAUUCAGACCCGUUUACUUUUUCCACAUUUUAUGUUUCAGCCUUAUUCUAAAAUCGAUUAAAUAAAUAAAAAUCCUCAUGAAUCUACACACAGUACCCAAUAAUGACAAAGCGAAAAACAUUUUUUAGAAAUGUUUGCAAAUGUAGAAAUAUAAAAUGAAAAGUAUUCAGAGUCUUUGCUAUGAGACUCGAAAUAGAGUUAAGAUGCAUCCUGGUUCCAUUGAUCAUCCUUGAGAUAUUUCUACAACUUGAUUGGAGUCCACCUGUGGUAAAUUCAAUUGAUUGGACAUGAUUUGGAAAGGCACACACCUGUCAAUAAGGUCCCACAGUUGUCAGAUCUGUGGAAGGGUACCAAAAAUAUCUGCAGCAUUGAAGGUCCCCAAGAACAUAGUGGCCUCCAUCAUUCUUAAGUGGAAGGAGUUUGGAACAAACAAGACUCUUCCUAGAGCUGGCCAAACUGAGCCAAACUGGGUAGAAGAGCCUUGGUCAGGGAGGUUUACAUUAAUGUUACUACAAAUGUAUUAUUUAGUUGAAUAUAUCCAACGAUUUUGUGCAAUAGGACUUGUAUAAUGACAACUUAGUAUAAAAUUAGUGUGUUUGGCUUUUUGUGAUGACUACAUUUGUAAGCACUUGUACGCUAUCAAAAUAAUGAAGUCAAGUACUAGUAACAUUACGCGUUAACACAUUAACUUUGGCAGCCCUAGUCUGAAUACCUAUGUAAAUGUAAUGUUUUUUUAGGUUUAAUACAUUUGCUAACAUUUCUAAGUCUGUUUUUGCUUUGUCAUUAUGGGGUAUUGUGUGUAGACUGAUGAGGGUAAAAAAUCUAUUUAAUCAAUUUUAGAAUAAGGCUGUAAUGUAUCAAAAUGUGGAAAAAGUCAAGGGGUCUGAAUAGUUUCCAAAUGUAAUGUUUUAUUACCUGCAGGAAAUGCAUUUAUUUUCUGUAUUGAAUGUUUAAUUCCAAAAUACAAUAAUUCCAGUGAUAACAUGUAAUUUACAUUUUUAUGACAAUGUUCCUAGGUUUUCCUGUUUAGUCCUAGAGGGGUAGGUAUUGAGUAUGUUGAUGCAUUGACUAAGCAUCUUAAGAUAUGUUUUCUGAAAAUAUUUCAGUUUUACUGAUUAGCAUUUUUACAAUGUUUGUAUUUCUGCCUUAUCAGCUUUUGCACCUAGGUUUUCUAUUUGUUCUGCAAAGAUUGAUCACAAUUCUAUCCACAAAAUGCAUGCAGAUACUUGUUGGCUCCCUUUAGAGUAAUUUAUUUUAUAAUGGACUAAUGUAAUAUUAACAUUUGAUUAGGUAGGCAUAAGUGUUUUUCUGUCUACGAAUAAAAAUAUUGUAACAAAAAAUAUGUAAUAAAUAAUAUUGUCAGUA